GUCACAAGUAGACGAUACGACGAUCUUUUGAGUGUAGACUGCACGCGGUGAAGAGGAGGACGCUGUUGUACUGCAUUGCAUUGCACUGUGGUGGAGGGACCCCUGGAAGGAUCCCGACAAGCGAGGCGAGGAACAGCACGAUUUCGACUGGUUCCCCUAAGUCGUUGGGGAGGUGUGCUACCUACAAACCCCAUAUCGCGCCGACAGCCAGGAGAAUGGAGGUCCCGAAGAUGGACGCAAAGCCGGGAGAAAGAGACGCAGAAAAUGCCACCGUAAUCGCAGACGCAAACGCAAAACCCCCCGACGCGAAACCAUCCCAGCAAAUCCUCGAGGGCUCAGACCCAGAGCGCAUGACCCUUUCAGGCGUAAAGCUCAAUCUCUUGACGUUGUCUCUCUGCCUCAGCUUGUUUCUCUCGCUGCUAGACAGCACCAUUGUGAGCACAGCGUUGGUCAAGAUUACAAGUGCACUGGGCGGGUUCGAGAGGGGGAGCUGGGUGGUGAAUUCGUAUCUGCUGACGUAUACUGGCUUUCUCAUUAUCACGGCGAAGUUGAGCGACAUCUUCGGAAGGCGUGCGAUGGUGGCGGCGGGUCUGGGAAUAUUCAUCGUUUCGUCGAUUGCGUGUGCGUUGGCGAGGACAUUGACGCAGCUGAUUGUGUUUCGAGCAUUCCAAGGUAUUGGCGGAGGCGCAAUGUACACCAUGACCUUCGUCAUCCUGCCCGAGAUGUGCACGCCGGACCAGUACACGCUCUAUUCGACCAUAAUCUCCUGCGUCGCCACAAUGAGCAGCCUCUUCGGGCCCAUCUUCGGCGGCCUGAUCAGCCAAAAGACAGACUGGAGGUGGAUAUUCUGGCUCAAUGUACCCACAGGCGCCCUCUGCAUCGCCCUGCUCUACCUCGCCAUCCCCUCCCGGUUCCCCUACGCACACCAAUCCGAAGCUCCGCAAAUCUCGCGCGGCGCCCUCAAAAAGAUCGACUCCCUCGGCGCUCUACUCAUGCUCAGCGCAACAACUCUCUUUCUCACCGCCCUGGAGCAAUCCGGCACCGGCACCCCCUGGACCGCCGCCCUCGUCCUCGCACCCCUCCUCACCAGCGUCGCCCUCUACGCCGCCCUCCUCCUCUGGUCCAAAGCCCAAGCCACCCGCACAACCGCCCAGGAGCCCCUCCUCCCCUGGCACAUCCUCACCAACCGCUUCUGCCUGGGCCUUUUCGCGCAGGCCUUCUGGAUGGCAACAAUCAUGUUCAGCCUGACCGUCGCGCUGCCCCAGCGCUUCCAGGUCGUCGACCGCGCCUCCGCCCUCUCAGCGGGAUACCGCCUCCUCCCCGUGACCCUCGUCGACCCCCUCGGCGCCGCGCUCUCGGCGUACCUCCUGUCCAACAUGCGCGUCCCCGCCUUCUGGCUGCUGCUCGUGGGCAACGCGGUCCAGACGCUGGGCGUGGGCCUGCUUGUUCUCCCGUCUGCGAAUCUGCUCGCGUUCCCGGCGAGCAGAUACGGCUUCGAGGCUAUUGUGGGAUUCGGGCUGGGUUUCACGUCGGCGGCCACGGUGCUUGCGACUGUGCUGUACUUUGAGCCGCGGGACAUCAGCGUGGGCAUGGGCGGGGUUGGGCAGUUUCGCAGCUUGGGCGGUGCGAUUGGGGUUGCCGUCAGCGUUAAUAUACUUAACAGCCAUACGGCGGCUGGACUGAGCGGGAAGCUCACGGCAGAGCAGAUGGCGGCGAUUAAGGGGUCUGCGGAGGCGGUGGGCGGGUUUCCGGCGGAGGUGCAGAGGGUGGUAAGGGAAGCGUAUGCGAGGGGGUGGGGAUGGCAGGCGGUUGCUCUGACGGGGUUUGGGGGGAUGGGGGUGGUGAUGUUGGGCUUGAUGGUGGAGAGGAAGAUGAGGCGGUUGGAGAAAGCUAAAGGUGAGGGAGGUGAGAAGGCGGAGGGGGGACAAGAGCUAGAAGGGCUUGAGGGAGCGGAGGAGAGACGGCAAAAGUGA